ACAAGUUCAGGCGGAUGACAGCGUGUUGUACUUUCUUAGUACGUGGCCACUGUGACGCGUUUGUUGUAGCUCCCAGCUUAACCGCUAGUUUUUUUGUUUUUUGGGGGAAAACUGAUCAAAUAGGAGUCCGUAGUCCAAACGAGGCAGGGUGGGCUUUAGGUGCGAUCCGCUGUGUGUGUAUUAUCUGUAUGCGAUGGUACUUCAGCCAGAGGGAGGCUGUUCCUAAAGGCGGCGGAUACCCGAGCUGCAGCCAUGGAUGGAUUGGCUGCUAUCAUACUGAUUUCUGCGGCGAUGUUUAUCGGGUGUUUUCUUCUGGGUUUGAUCCCGCUCAUGAUAAAGCUCUCGGAGCAAAAGCUGCAGCUGGUGAGUUUGCUGGGAGCGGGGCUGCUGUGCGGGACGGCGCUGGCCGUCAUCAUCCCGGAGGGAGUGGAGCUUCUGCAGGACGCCUGGCGCGGAAGUGCGCCUCUCUGUAUCAAGACAGCAGCCAAUGACAGCUCCAGCGGCCCCAUGCUGUCUGGGGAGCCAAAUGCCAAGAGGAGCGGGCCCCCUCCCGUUUUCAUCGGAGUGUCCUUGGUGGUGGGGUUCUGCCUGAUGUUUGUGGUGGACCAGAUAGGCACCUACUGCUCCACACACGACCCCCGGACUGGCAUGACCAGCAGCACCAGCAUCACCGCCACACUGGGACUGGUCAUCCAUGCCGCAGCUGACGGCGUCGCUCUGGGUGCAGCUGUGGCCUCGUCUCAGCUCUCUGUUCAAGUCAUCAUCUUCUUCGCUGUUAUCCUGCACAAGGCUCCCGCCGCCUUUGGCCUGGUCUCCUUCCUCAUACACGCCGGCCUGGAGAAGAGGCGGAUCCAGAUGCACCUGCUGGUGUUCUCGGUGGCGGCGCCUCUGCUGGCCAUCAGCACGUACUUCAUCCUGAGUAUGACGGGAGGCUCACUGCAGCACCGCCUUAUUGCCACCGGCAUCGGAAUGCUCUUCUCUGCCGGGACCUUCCUGUAUGUGGCGACCGUGCAUGUUUUACCGGAGAUCAGCAGCAGGGGGCAGCACCACCAUCACGCCGUCACCUACCAGCAGGGAGGCCUGGGAGUCCUGGAGAGCCUCACUCUCCUCACUGGGGCGGGACUUCCUGUGCUUCUGACCCUGGGACUCCACGACAGCUGAGGUCACUGACGUGAUUGGCAGUUUUUCUUUUUAACCAUUUCUUUGUAUCUGUCUUCACCUUGGGGUCAGUUAGAGCAAGACACCAGCCGAACUCCUAUUUCUAAAGAGAAGUAUUUAUUUAAGAAUUGAGUUAUGUGACUUGGACCAGGAAGACGAGGCAGUGAUCGCAGUUUAAUGCUCCAGCCCAUACUGAGAUUUAUCUGAGAUUUUAAAGGACUUACUGAAUCCAGAGUCCCAUUUCUCAUGGGUGGUGUGUGAAGCCCAGGACCAGCCCUACACUUCUUACGGGUCCUAAGCAAAACAUUUAAUUGUGAAAUAAGUUGGCUGUGUGGGGUGGGGGGGUUAGCUCUCGUAUGCCUGCUCUGGUGAGGCCUUUGUCCGUCCGGGGGAAACCAGACCUUGAGCCCAGCGGAGCUUUAUUGGCUUGUUUUCUUGUCCUUGUCCUUCCCAGGGACUCUUUAAGGUACAUGGGAUAAUUGCUAAACGGCUUUUAGCGUCUUCAAUGUCAGAUAAACAUCCUGCCAGGUAUUUGGGACAUGCUGCUGAAAUUCUAACAAGGACUUUCCCUGUUACAGUAUAACAGGGAAAGUCUUAAACCACAAAUUGUAAACUUGCCCAGCCCUGGAAACUAAAGAUGGGUUUACUCCCUAGCCCAUAAUAAUAGCCCACAAUUGUCUGGUCUCUUGGCUGUUUCAGCUUGGGUGAAAGGAAAUAUUGUACUUUUGAUUGUAUAACCAUCGAAACUGGGAUGGUUAUAGCCUCAAAUUUCAGACCUCUAUGCUAACCUUUUAUUACUAUUAUUAUGUUCAUAGCAUUUCAUUGGUUAUCUUUUUAAACCCAAUUGAUUCACUUGGGACUCUAUUCAGUCCAUGAAAACACUGCAUUUUAUUAGAUCCCUGACAUUCCAGCUUAGAGCGCGGCUCCACAUGCCAGCACCUUAACUGGAGUUAUGGUGGUUUACAGUUUUAUUGCCGGCUUUUUGUUUCAAUUCCUGUCACGGUGUGAUUCUGAUGCUUUCUUGAAGUAGAUUCUUUUUCCAGUAUCACCAGCACAUCGUUUUUAUUCCCCCAUUUAAGUUGAACCCUGGUAUUCGCGCAUCGCGUCAUGAGAGUGCUGAAAACUGCCAAAAUGAUCAGUUAGCUUAAGAUUUUAAGAGGGAGGAUGUUUUUGUUCAGAUUUUUUUAAUUGUCAUAGAAUACAUAUUCAGUUCAUUGCA